CUCAGUCUACUCACUCCUUACAUCUCGCCCAUAUCAACCACAAUGUCAACUCCAGAUCCCAGUUCAGCCACUGCCGCCAUAUUCAAAGUGGUGUCCGAAGGCAUCGCUCGAAACACUCCAGCCAAGCCUUUCCGCUUCCUCGAUCUUCCUCCUGAGUUGCGUUGCAUGGUGUACGACUGCAUCCACAUAACUACCACGAAACAUGUCCUCACAAAGACCGACGCGGAGUUGCCACCCAACAUCUGGCCAAAGUCGGAAGGCAGAGCGAGUUUGCCCAUCACCCUCAUCCGAAAAUCCAUUCCCGCUGCGAUCCUUGCAACCUGCCGUCUCAUCAACCAAGAAGCGACGCCUCUCCUAGCACCCAGGCUGGAAGAGCUGCAAAGAGAGCCGCUGCGAUUCUUUGUGGACUUCGCUGCUGCGACCGCGCUCACCCAUAUGGACAGUCCUCUGAGAGCCUGCUUU